CGACUUUCUUGGCGCCCAUUGGCGGUCCAUGCUGACGCGCCUCAACACCAGCUUGCACGAGACUGGGGCAGAGAUGGACACGCACCAAGGUGGAAAUGCAACCAGCGCCUCAGCUUCCCUGAAAGCCGUGGCCAGGUUCUACAGGUUCUGCCACCGCUUCCUGCUCUCGCCGAACGUCUCGCUGGCAGCCAUGCUUGAUUCGCUUGACGUCGACCGCGCCGCCCUGCAGGCUCUGCUCAGGGCGCCGGACGCGAUGUCGCUGCUCAGGGCGACCAUCACGUUGUCGCUGACUCGCGGCGUGCACGUGGCGUUCAACCUCGGCGUCGUGCACUCCGUGUCCUACGGGGAAACGCAGCUGCGCGUCUUCCAGGCACGCAUGCGCAAAGUAGAAUAAGUAGGCUUAGGCCGGACCACAUUUCGCGCAUUGUGACCGCUCGCUGAUAGACUCGCUAACCCUGAGCAAGUAAUAAUGUUGAAUGCUUUGCUAACGCUGCUCAUUGUUUGUUUGCCAACCCUUGCUCAUUUUUCGUUUGUUUAACGGGAGGUCGUCUCCCUGAUUUCACUGCGGCACCUCAUCUACUUUGAACUACCUGUUCACAUGGUCUAGUAUGUAACCAUGCUUAAUAUAAUUCGAUGUUGAUGCGUAAAAGAAAAGACAGUGAAAACGUCAAUAUCUUACCCAUUUACGAUAAAGAGGCACGAGCAGAGGGAGUUUCGACAGCUAGGAAAAUAUAAAGGUCCUAAUUAACGUAUCGCGAUAGCACUUUGCCCCCUCUGUGAGAUGGAA